AUGAAAAACAACAACUUUGGAACUGAUGGAAAUGAGCUUGAUGGCAAUAUCAAGAUGGGAGAUAAUGAAGAAUACGAUCAGCCCUUAGCUAAGUAAACUAAAUAGCCGACUACUCAACCACCACCACCAUAAUAAAGAAGACCUUUAGUUCCACCAGAAUUCAGAGGACUAAAUACUUUAGAUGAACCAGUUUGCCAGACAAUAAAAAGAGAUCUCGCAAAGAUUUGGUAUAAAUUAAGAGUCGUCAUUAAUCCAAUUACACCAUUCUUAUCAGAUGAUAAGAGAAAAGAGAUUAGAAAUUGUAUAAUAUUACAUACAUUGAGUUCAGCAACAAAUGCAGAUGAUAAGACUUUACUCUUUGAAAUUGUUUUUAUCAUUGUUUGGGUUGGAGCAGGUGUAAUCUCAGUUAAUGGUCAACUUCUUGGUGGGAAAAUUUCUUUCUUCUAAAGUGUGUGUCUUCUAGGAUAUUGCUUAUUCCCCUUAAAUAUUGCAGCUCUAAUAAAUCUAGGAAUCGGAUCAUCAAUUCACAUUUUAAUAAAACUUGCUUACGUAGGACUUGCAUUCAUUUGGUCCACUUAUUCCUCUGUUCACUUCAUAAAAGAAAUGGUUCCACCUGACAGAAAAGCUCUCGCUAUGUACCCUGUAUUCCUAUUCUACUUGUUCUUGUCAUGGUUCAUCAUUCUAUGA